ACAAUAACGAGAAAAACGGAGGUUUGUGGAUGUUCUGUGUUUGAUAAUCAAGGUAUUAAACUUUGACAUAAUUUUGACUUAAACACCAAGCAAAAAUGGGUGACCGAGUCAUUGGCCCUACUGUGCCUCCAGGCUUCAGAAUGGAGAAUAGGUCAAGUGACAGUGAAGAAGAACCAUCAUUGCCUUCAAAGAAAACUAAUGAAAAGAAGACAAGUAACACGAUAGGUCCAUCAUUGCCCCCUGAUCUCAGACCAGCCAAUCAAAGUAACACCAUUGGUCCAUCCUUACCACCAGGUUUCAAACCAGCCAAUGACAAUUCUUCCAGUGAUGAAGAGGAUUCUAUUGGUCCAGCUUUGCCUCCAGGACUGAAAACUGCCAAUCAUAAUCCCUUCUGUGAGAAUGAAAAUGUAGUGGGGCCAUCUAUGGGUCCAAAAAUUCCAGUAGACGUCAGAAAGUCUUCUGCGAGAGCCGAGUCUGAAGAAGACAGUGACGAAGGAGGAUUCAUGGGCCCUGCUUUGCCACCAGGUUUCAAGAUCAGCAAAGCUGAGCCUGUUUUGAAAGGUCCAAUGCUGCCACCUGGGUUCGCUAAUCAGUCAAAGGGGGAUAACUCUGAGUCAGAAGAGGAAGAUUAUAUGAGCAUUGUUGGUCCUCUACCGCAGGAAAUGGCCAGGGGAGGACAAAAGUCAAGCGUGUUGGAAGAGUUUGAAAAAAGAGCAACUAGUAUGAAGGAUAAACUGACAAAAAAGGACGAUGAUGUUCCUUUGGCAAGAGAGACGUGGAUGUUAGAACUUCCCCCAGAAAUGGGCACGAAUUUUGGUUUGUCAGCGAGAAAGUUUCGAACUAACCCAAGUACAAAAGGAGGCGAUCGCUCGUGCUGGACUGACACACCCGCCGAUAAGGCAAGGAAGGAACAGGAGGGUAAAUCUGGUAAGGGCAAAUCCGCAGAGAGCCCUGAGACACAGAUAAUGAGUGUUCGAGACAAGAAGAUAGCUGAACAAGUUGACAAGUACAACCAAAAUAAAAGGAAAGAGACUUUGUUGGACAUGCAUCAGACAGAACGAAAGAAGAAAAAGAAGGAAGAAAAGGGUGAGGAGGCGAAUGUAAGACGCCCUUUUGAUCGCGACCGAGAUCUUCAAGUCAACAGAUUUGAUGACGCGCAGAGGAAAUCAGUGAUUAAGAAAUCUCAGCAACUAAACACCAGAUUCUCACAUGGAGGCUCGCAGUUUUUAUAGAAGGAUGUGCAUGUACAUGUGCCGCUGGAAAUGGCAUCCUAAUCUUUUGAGCUUGGACAGUUUCUGUGGUGGUCUGUGGUCUACUGCCAUUCCUCAGGGGUAUCACAAGCAAACCACAGGCCAGCUACAAGUCAACAAGCAAGCCCCAGGCCCAAUACAGGUGCACGAGCAUACCGCAGGCCAAAUUGAGGUGAACAGCGAGCAAACCACAGGCCAGCUACAGGUGAUUGAGCUUACCACAGGCCACCUACAGGUGAGCGUGCUAACCACAGGCCAAGCAGAGGUGAUCACGCAAGCCACGGGUUAGGUACAGGUGAACGAGCUUACCACAGGCCACCCACGGGUAAGCGUGCUAACCACAGGCCAACCAGAGGUGAUUGCCCAAUCCACAGGCCAGGUCUAAGUGAACGAGCAAACCACAGGCCAUCUGCAGGUGAAAGGGCAAACCACAGGCCAGCUACAAGUGAACAAGCAGACCACACAGGGUUUUCAUUUAGAAUUGGAGUUCAAAAGUACGCGGCUGAAUUGAAAGUGAUUAUGAUUUCAAUAGUAAGAAUUUUCAAAGUAGGCGUCUAUGGGAACCGCAGUAAACAGUUUUCUGCAGUCUGCUACUUGCCCUUUUUGAACACCCUGUCACAGGCUAGCUACAGGUGAACGAGCAGAUCUCAGGCCAGCUACAGGUGAACGAGCCGACCACAGGCCAGCUACAGGUGA